UUUACGCGGCGCGCGGCGGGCCGAAACACCGAGAAUGAAUAUCCCGGUCUCAACCGGUUUCAACCGGUCCGUGGUUGGAAGCAUGAGCUUAGAGGAAGAGCAUACUUGCACGCAUUAAAACAUCUCUGCUCUCCAACAGUGUGUGCGAAUAGAACCAGAAAUAAAAACGAGACUCUUUCACUUCGUGAUUAUGACCGGGAAUACCACUCUGAGUGUGACUCCGUGAAUCUGUGUUGUUAGCUUAGCUCAACGUUACAUUAGCCGGCAGACCUGAAUCAUCAUUGACUUUUCCAUUAGCACGCUAGGUUGCUGUUAGCCUGAUGGGAGUCGGCUGUAGUCACUGAUAGCUAAAGAAAGACAUGUCUCAGAGUGGCUGAAGACAAGAAACAAUAGGCUGUGGUAGACUGCGGAAAGCUCUUAAUACAACGCCAAGAAUCGAUAAGUAUCCAACGUAACGGCAUUUUUACAUUAGUCCUGACGUUAACUGUUGGUGUCAUCCAGGAAAGCUAACAUUAGCUUUGGGCUAUCAAAGGUUAGGAGCAGUGUGCCAUGCGAUAAAGUUGCGCAAUUUGCCACGCAUUGAGAAGAUUAAUAUUUCAGUCUUCAACUACGAGUCACAUCAGCCAACCAGUGCCCGCUUUCGACGAGCGGAAAGGACACACCAGAAGCUCUAUGCCAGCAGAAAUGACGAUGUUGGCGGAUCACCCAGCCAGACAGCUGCUGGACUUCAGUCAGAAACUGGACAUCAACCUGUUGGACAAUGUUGUCAACUCCAUGUACCAUGACAUUGGUUCCCAGCAACGGGUGGCGCAGGAAGUUCUGACCAACUUGAAGGACCAUCCAGAUGCCUGGACGAGGGUGGACACCAUCCUGGAGUUCUCUCAGAACAUGAAAACUAAGUAUUAUGCACUGCAGAUUCUGGAGGCAGUCAUCAAAACACGCUGGAAGAUUCUCCCAAGAAAUCAGUGCGAAGGAAUCAAGAAGUAUGUUGUCGGGUUGAUUAUCAAGACCUCUUCUGAUCCUGCAAACAUGGAGAAAGAGGGAGUGUACAUUUCAAAACUGAACAUGAUCCUCGUACAGAUCCUGAAACAGGAAUGGCCCAAACACUGGCCCACAUUCAUCAGUGAUAUCGUGGGUGCGAGUCGAACCAGUGAGAGCCUCUGUCAGAACAACAUGAUCAUCCUCAAACUGCUCAGCGAGGAGGUCUUUGACUUCUCCAGUGGCCAGAUGACCCAGGUGAAAGCCAAGCACCUCAAAGACAGCAUGUGCAACGAGUUUUCCCAAAUAUUCCAGCUUUGCCAGUUUGUGAUGGAAAACUCUCAGAAUGCCCCACUGGUCCAUGCCACGCUGGAGACUCUCCUCCGCUUCCUGAAUUGGAUUCCUUUAGGUUACAUCUUCGAGACCAAACUCAUCAGCACUCUGGUCUACAAGUUCUUGAACGUGCCCAUGUUUCGCAAUGUGACACUGAAAUGUUUGACGGAAAUCGCCGGAGUGAGUGUCAACCAGUACGAGGAGCAGUUUGUCAACCUGUUUACUCUCACCAUGUGCCAGCUCAAACAGAUGCUGCCUUUGAACACUAACAUCAGAGUGGCCUACGCCAAUGGGAAGGACGACGAACAGAACUUCAUCCAGAACCUCAGCCUGUUCCUCUGCACCUUUCUCAAAGAGCACGGCCAGCUCAUCGAGAAGAGACCAAACCUGCGAGAGACACUCAUGGAGGCCCUGCACUACAUGUUGCUGGUGUCGGAGGUGGAGGAGACGGAGAUCUUUAAGAUCUGUCUGGAGUACUGGAACCACCUGGCAGCAGAGCUCUACAGGGAGAGUCCCUUCUCCACCUCCAGCACCCCGCUGCUGUCCGAUGUCCCGCCCCGCAGACACCUCUACCUGCCUGUACUCUCCCAGGUACGUUUGCUGAUGGUGAGCCGCAUGGCCAAACCAGAGGAGGUGCUGGUGGUGGAGAACGACCAGGGCGAGGUGGUCAGGGAGUUCAUGAAGGACACAGACGCCAUUAACCUCUACAAGAACAUGAGGGAGACUCUUGUGUAUCUGACUCAUCUGGACUACGCUGACACUGAACGCAUCAUGACAGAGAAGCUCCACAAUCAGGUCAAUGGCACCGAGUGGUCGUGGAGGAACCUGAACAUGCUUUGCUGGGCCAUCGGCUCCAUCAGCGGUGCGAUGCACGAGGAGGACGAGAAGCGGUUCCUGGUCACCGUCAUCAAGGACCUGCUUGGCUUGUGUGAACAGAAGAGAGGAAAGGACAACAAGGCCAUCAUAGCGUCCAACAUCAUGUACAUCGUGGGCCAGUAUCCUCGCUUCCUGCGAGCCCACUGGAAGUUCCUCAAGACCGUCGUCAACAAGCUGUUUGAGUUCAUGCACGAGACCCACGAUGGCGUACAGGACAUGGCAUGUGACACCUUCAUCAAGAUUGCUCAGAAGUGCCGCCGUCAUUUCGUCCAGGUUCAGGUGGGGGAGGUGAUGCCCUUCAUCGACGAGAUCCUCAACAACAUCAACACCAUCAUCUGUGACCUACAGCCACAGCAGGUCCAUACGUUUUAUGAAGCGGUGGGCUACAUGAUCGGGGCUCAGACAGACCAGGCAGUUCAGGAGCUUCUAAUAGAGAAGUACAUGCUGUUGCCGAACCAGGUGUGGGACAGCAUCAUCCAGCAGGCCACCAAGAAUGUGGACAUCCUGAAGGAUGCCGAGACGGUGCGUCAACUGGGCAGCAUCCUAAAGACAAAUGUCCGAGCCUGUAAAGCUGUUGGUCAUCCCUUCGUUGUCCAGCUGGGACGAAUCUACCUGGACAUGCUCAACGUUUACAAGUGUCUGAGUGAAAACAUCUCCUCGGCCGUCCAGACUAAUGGUGAGAUGGUGACCAAACAGCCUCUGAUCAGGAGUAUGAGGACGGUGAAGAGAGAGACGCUGAAGCUGAUCUCGGGCUGGGUCAGUCGCUCCAACGACCCUCAGAUGGUGGCAGAGAACUUUGUGCCCCCCCUGCUGGAGGCCGUGCUCAUCGACUACCAGAGGAACGUCCCAGCUGCCCGUGAGCCUGAGGUCCUCAGCACCAUGGCAACCAUUGUCAACAAGCUGGGAGUUCACAUCACCGGAGAAAUCCCCAAGAUAUUUGAUGCUGUCUUCGAAUGCACUUUGAAUAUGAUCAACAAGGACUUUGAAGAAUUCCCAGAACACAGAACCCAUUUCUUCUACCUCCUUCAAGCUGCCACCUCCCAGUGCUUCCCAGCCUUCCUGUCCAUCGCCCCGGCCCAGUUCAAACUGAUCCUGGACUCCAUCAUCUGGGCCUUCAAGCACACAAUGAGGAAUGUGGCUGACACAGGUCUACAGAUCCUGUACACUCUCCUGCAGAACGUGUCCGCAGAGGAAGCGGCAGCACAGAGCUUCUACCAGACGUACUUCUGCGACGUCCUGCAGCACAUCUUCUCUGUGGUCACAGACACCUCUCACACUGCAGGUCUGACCAUGCACGCCACCAUCUUGGCCUACAUGUUCAACCUGGUGGAGGAGGGCAAGGUCAGCGUGGCCCUGAGUGCAGCCAGCCCCGCCAACAACCAGGCGCACGUCCAGGAGUACAUCGCCAACCUGCUGAAGACAGCUUUCCCCCACCUGCAGGAUGCCCAGGUGAAGGUGUUUGUAACAGGUCUUUUCAGCCUGAAUCAGGACAUCCCCGCCUUCAAAGAGCACCUGAGGGAUUUCCUGGUGCAGAUCAAGGAGUUUGCCGGCGAGGACACGACGGACCUGUUCCUGGAGGAGAGGGAGGCGGCUCUGCGCCAGGCCCAGGAGGAGAAACACAAGCUCCAGAUGUCAGUGCCAGGCAUCCUCAACCCCCACGAGCUGCCGGAGGAGAUGUGCGACUGAAGCGGCGGCGGCGGCAGCGGCAGCAGCAGCAGCUACUAGCGUGUACAGAACAAAUCUGAAGGGGGAAAGGUCAAGAGAGAGCAAGGACGCUUCCUGUUGAUACAUUGUUUUCUUUUCAAGUGUGUUUGUGUGCAAGUGUGUGUGUGUUUGAAAAGAGAAAUGAGGGGCCAGACAAAGGACCCCAGCACUCGGUUGUACGUCGACCAAAUCAAUGUCAAUAUGUAAAUGAGAAUUGCCCCCCUGACCCCCCAUCCCCCCACCCUGCCGCGAGUUCCUGUUUUUUUUUUUUUCUUUCUCCCUAAAAACCUAUUUUAUAUCAAGAUCUUUUUGUUUAACAUGCCAUCUUUUGUUAAUUCCUUGCUGAUUAAAGCUUUAUGUUUGGCCAUAUGGUUCUUUUACACCUGCAUGAAGUUGAAAAAAUUAAAGGUUAUUUUUAAUCUCUCUUCACCCCCUCCCCCACAGUUCAUCCCCCUUCCCAGCCUCCCCGACUUGUUAAUAUGUAAUAUAUGAUGUGGAAACACUUGCAGUGGUUAGUUGACAGACUGCUCUGGUUUCAGAAGUGCCCUGUGCACGGUGCAGGAUAAAUGUGAUGCUCAAGGGGUAGACAUGUACUUCUUGCUUCCUUUGUUGUCUCGUUUGGGUUUGUCAUUGUGUUUAGUCUCUGUUUUCUUUUACUCUGGCUCCCUGAGCGAAUCGGAGCUUCAAUUGGACCGCUCUGCGUUUGGAUGAGAAGGAAGGCUGUGUGAAUAUCAUCCUGUUUGUAAAGCUGUCUUAGUACUCUGAGAAUAUAAAGUUGGCUAUUUUUACAAAUUUUACCGUGUGAUUCUGCUUCUUACCCAAAGCCCUGAAGGUCAUGGAAA